ACCGUUUCACCGCAUUUUUGAAUUUCCGUUAUUUUUUCGACCUAGUGCACUAUUUUAUAGUAGAAUGUCUGACCAAAACAAGUACACGGCGGUCCCACAAGAUAGCGAUCGUGUAAAGUACAAUGCCAGUGGUGCCGAUGCAGCUCUUCCGGACGAUGUGGAUCGCGAACAAGCAUCAAGAUCAUCUCUAGAGAAUUGUGAGGCACCCAGCGACAAUUCCUAUCUGCCUGGUAGUGGCCCGGGCUCUUUGGUAACGCGCGAAAGUCCUUACUAUGAAAAGUUGAUAGGUAUUGAUGCAGACUCAGCUGAAUACCCCGAAGAUCUCAUCAUGAUUGGAAGCAGUGUAGAUGUGCACGAUGAUUCGAAACCGCUUCUCCUAUCUGAAGAACACGCAGUCACUGAAUCAUGCACCGAAGCACCUCAUGAGCUAACGUCCAAGAAUUCAUCACAGUCUGAUAAAACCAUUAUGGUGAUGCCUGAAGACAUUGAGGCUGCCGGGUUAAGCUUGCAAAACCUGAGUAACUUAACUGAAGCACAAUUCAACAACCUUGUGGCGAUUGCUGAGAGGCGACAAAGAAAUGCAGAAUCAAGCUUGGCGGCUGAUAGUCAGUAUGAUGACCAGAUAGCUGGAAGUUCUUCAAGCACCGAUUCAUUGACAAUGGUAAUCACGGAGGAGGGCAGCCUCAAGCUUACUGAUGCAAGCGGACAGAUGAUUGUGUUCGAUCGUACGCAAUUGGCUGCAUUACGAAUUGAUGUCAACAAUCUCACGGAUGAAAGCAUCCAGCAAAUUGUUCAGAUAGCAAUGCCUGCCAUCUGCAUUGGAGGCAAACCACUAGAACCUUCCAAGUCCAGCUCACUCCGUUCAUGUCGUUCUGAUUCUACGAGCUUGGAUGAGGGUAGCGUUACUUACAAGUGCGACAGAGAUGUUUCGCAGUCCUUACCACAACAACUGAACGAACAUCCUCCUGAUCAAGUCCCUCCACGAAAUGCUUUUAUUCGCUAUAUCAAAAAUGGAAGGUUGAAGGUGCAAUACGAAGACGGUCGAUUCGAGUGGGUUGGAGAAGAUAAUCCGAAUAUCUGCGAAACAAAACCGGUUCAACUCUCCGAUCACUCGAGCUAUCACGCUGGUAAUCCUUCCGAUCACGGUGAAUCUUCUUUAACGCGAUCAUCCCGUCCAAAAAGAACAUGCUCGAAUGAAUCGCCAUUUGAUGGAGAACCAACCGUGAAAAGGCGUGGCCUCGUACCAGCUCCGAACUUUUGCUGCCCGGUUUGCGAUCGAAAGGUGUAUCAAAAGGAGCCGUCCUACAUUGUGAUCCGGUUACCAGCGUGUGACGAUUGUACGAGGGGAAAGAUGAUACAGAGCAAGUUUAAUGGUUGUUUUGGAUUCACUCAUUCUACGCUUGUUGACUCCGCGAACGCAAAUGAGCUAGAUUGGAUGAGGAUUUGUAAGGCGAAAGUGUUGGAGACGGAUGUCAGCCUAAACUGGUUAUCUUAUGAGUGGCACUUCAAAUCGAUGAGGCUUAGACGAUAA